GGUACUUUACCGUAAUGACGGAAAAUCAGGACGAUGUCCUGUCGUUCAUGGGAAGCGACCAUGAGAAUUACUCAGACAUAGAUGAAUUGUUUGGCGAUAAACCCCGGACACGAAGUGUUACGGAGGACACAAUAACAAAUGCAACAAAUAAAAGAACUAGAGGAAUGAAGCGCAAAGCGCAGACCUCAUGUUCAGCGAGUGCAAGUGCACCGCCACCACGGGUGACAAAACAAUCUAAAAAGUCAAAAACUCAGUCUGAAUGUGUUCAAGAAUUUAAUGUUGACGAGCUAAAAAAUCAAUUAGGAAUAGAUAAAAUCUUACAAUCUAUUUCCUCACUCACUGACACUGUAAAACAGUUGGGUAGUUCCAAUAGUAUGGCACGUAAUACGUGCAAUGUAAAUGACAUGCGGUCCACCGAAACUACGGUGCGCACUUCGGGUAAUAAUUCUCCCGGUAAUUUCACACAAAAUGUACCCAAUAGACCGCUAAGAAAUUUGGUAAACAUACCUGAUUAUGAUUCACGACAGACUUUUGACGAAACCCCUGAUGAUUUUGACUUUGAUUUUUCUUAUUUGAAUGAUCAAGUUUCUCCCUCUAUUGAAGGUGUUGACCCUCAAGAAAGUUUUAAGGGGAUUUUAAAUGAUGAAUCAAUUCAGAUAACAAUUGAUAACAAUGAUUGGGAUAUCCCACAAUUAAAUGCAAAUGAAAAAACUGGUCCAAAAGUAAAUGAAGCACUUGGAAAAGCUGUAAAUGCAGCCAUCUCUAUUAAAAGUAGCAAAGAAAGCAUGGUUGAUUUAGAGAAAAAAUAUGACAGACCAGAAAACUGUAAUUUAUUGAAAGUUCCCCGUGUCAAUAAAGAAAUAUGGGAUGCCAUGAAUAAGCAGGCCCAUUCAGAUGAUCUCACUUUGCAAGUAAUUCAAAAAUCUUUAGCCACGGGUAUGAUACCUUUAGUACAGAUGGCUGAUAUGCUUGUAAAUAAAAAAGAACUUGAGCCUCACGUUUGUAAAAAGAUGUUGGCUGAUUCAAUAAGUAUGCUUGGCAAUGCAUUCUACAAUGUCUCUAUGAAAAGAAGAAAUGAAAUAAAAAAUGUUUUGAAUUUUCGAUAUCGCAAAAUUGCUUCUUCUGAAAUCCCAGUUACUGAUCACUUGUUUGGAGACAAUUGUGUCUCUAAACUCAAAGAAAUGGGUGAUAUUACUAAGCAACCAAUUGGAAUGAAAUCGAACUAUGAUACAAAAUUUAAAAAUACAACUCAAGCAAAAAACUACAUGUCAAACCAAGGGUAUCAACCCAUCCAAAACCCAUACAGAGGCAAAAACCGCCAGUAUUCAUCAUACCCUUCCCAGAGAGGCAGAGGUCAAAGGGGACAAUUCCAGUACAGAAGUGCAAUGAAAAAGCAGUACAGUUACAACAAGUAAAGAAUUCCUCGACACAAGGAUCUCUUAGUGAUGCCACACUCAGGAGAGCUACAUCCACUCCGCAAGAUAACUCUAACCGCCUGUCUUGUAUCAGGAGAUCCCUCUAUGACAAAGGACUGGCAAGAUUCGAUAGUGACAUCAUCCUUGCUUCCUUACGUCCGGCCACAAACAAACAAUACCAAUGUUGCUGGCAAAAAUGGAUACUUUGGUGUUCUAAAUGGAAAACCAAUCCCUUUUCAGCCUCUGAAGAAAUAGUUGUAAAAUUUUUUAUUUCUUUGAUGAGUAAUAAAGUUUCAUAUUCUGUUGUGAAUACUCAUAAAUCAAUGUUGAUUAACACUUUGCCAUAUUUUGGUGUUUUAUGGGUUAAGGAACCAUUAUUACUUCCAAAAUUAAUGAAAGGAUAUUUUAAUUUGAAUCCAAGUAGACCAAAAGUGAGAACAUCAUGGGAUGUAUCAAAGGUUUUGUG